GACAGCACUGUACGCACAAACUCGAGGAGAAUUGUGUGAGGCCAGUUCACCACCUACUCAUUAAGAGACAUCAACUCUCCUGCAGCGCUCCGCAGAACACAGAGCCAUCAUGAACCUUCUCUUCCGUGCGCUACUGCUACUGGGACUGACAGCGUAUUCAUUUGCAGCACCGGCUGUCGAUUCUGUCAGGUGGUGCAACAAAUCCCCCCAGGAGCAAAGGAAAUGUGAAGCCCUGAAAGCAGCUACCGGCCACUUUACCUGCCUGGAGAAAAAGGAUACACUGCAGUGCAUUGAAGCAAUAAAGAAUGGGAUGGCAGAUGCAAUAACCCUGGAUGGUGGGGAUAUUUAUGAAGCUAGCCUUACAAACCAUGAUCUUCACCCAAUCAUUGCUGAGGACUACGGUGAAACUACUUCUGAUACUUGCUACUACGCUGUGGCUGUUGUCAAGAAGGGCAGUGGCUUUUCGUUCAGAGACUUAAAGGGAAAGAAGUCCUGUCACACUGGACUGGGCAAGUCUGCAGGCUGGAACAUUGCUAUUGGGACUCUUUUAUCUGAGAAGAUCCUAGAGUGGGAUGGGCCAGAGACAGAACAAAUUGAAACUGCCGUCUCCAGGUUCUUUUCUGCAAGCUGUGUACCAGGGGCAGCGAAGGACCUCUACCCAAAGCUGUGCGAGCUGUGUGUCAACUGCGCCCGUUCACACUCGGAACCUUACUACGAUUAUGAAGGGGCUUUCAAAUGCCUGAAGGAUGGCAAAGGUGAAGUUGCGUUUGUCAAACACCUUACAGUCAAAGAUGCUAACCCAAGUGAUUAUGAGUUGCUGUGUAAAGACGGCUCUAGAAAAGAACUUAGUGAUUACCUGUCCUGUUAUCUGGGCAGAGUGCCUGGGCAUGCUGUUGUUACCAGAAGCGAUAAAGACUUGGCGCAUAAAAUUUGGCAGCACCUUGAAGCUGCAAAGAGCACAUUCCCCAACCUCUUUAAGUCUUCCGAGUAUGGAGGCAAGAACCUGAUGUUCAAAGAUUCUACAAAGAAGUUGGUGCUUGCCCCUGACAACAUGAAUGCCUAUCUGUACCUGGGAGCGGAGUACAUGCACAUAAUUCAAGCCCUCAAGAAAAAGGAACCCUCCAGCACCCCCACAGAUCCAGUGAAAUGGUGUGCGGUUGGCAAAAAAGAAACAGAGAAGUGUGACGCAUGGUCCAUAAACACGUGCACCACGACUGAGUGUGAUAAAGGAAAAAUUAAAUGCAUAUCUGCAGUGUCUGUUGAUGACUGUAUUGAAAAGAUCAUGAAAAAGGAAGCUGAUGCUGUCGCCAUGGAUGGAGGCUAUGUCUACAGAGCAGGGCAAUGCGGUCUUGUGCCCGUCAUGGCAGAGAACUAUGAUGAAGAGGCAUGCUCAUCGUCAGCACCAGCACAAGGUUCCUAUUAUGCUGUGGCUGUUGUGAAGAAAGACUCUCCACUAACCUGGGACUCCCUACAAGGUACAAAAUCCUGCCACACAGGUUUGGGACGGACUGCAGGGUGGAACAUUCCAAUGGGAACUCUCAAGAGAACCGUUAUCAAAGACUGUGACUUCACUAAAUUCUUCAGCCAGAGCUGCGUUCCCGGAGCAAACAAAACCUCCAGCUUGUGCUCCUUGUGCGCUGGAGAUAAAAAGACUACUAUUGGAGGCGACCAUUCCAAAUGCUUAGAAAAUGACUCUGAGUCAUACUAUGGAUAUGCUGGGGCACUCAGGUGUCUGAUCGAAGGUGGAGAUGUUGCCUUUGUUAAACACACAACUGUGUUUGACAAUACUGAAGGACGUAAUAUUCCUACAUGGGCCAAGGGCUAUAAGCCCUCUGACUUCAAGCUGCUGUGUUACAACAGUGUAAGAAAAACUGCUUCCCCCAGUGAGUAUAAGGAGUGCAACCUUGCUAGAGUCCCAGCACAUGCAGUGAUGACUCGUCCUGAAAGCAGAGAUGUGGUCGUCAGUUUACUGAAGGAGCAACAGACGCAGUUUGGUUCUUCUCAAACCGAUGCAGAUGCCUUUAAGCUGUUCAAGUCGGAAACCAAGGACCUUCUUUUCAAGGACUCCACCAAGUGUCUGACAGAGGUCCGUGCAGGAACAACUGUGAAAGAUUUUCUUGGAAGGGAAUAUUAUGACUCUGUAACAGGACUCUCAGCAUGCUUGCCAUCAGAACUCCAGCAAGCAUGCACAUUCCACACGUGCAAGCUAACUUAAAAAAAAACAAACAAAAAAAAAACAAAAAAAAACACCCGAGAACUACUUCUGGACCUGCGAUGUUGAAUUCUAUUCAUGUAAUCGUCUAUCUACACUAACAUGCAGAUACCUUUCGGAAAGGUGGAUGGGGGGGUGGGUGUAGAUCAUGAGUCUUCCAAAUGUUGUCAAAAGAAAAUAAAUAAAAUACUUUUCAUACUG